UUCAAUGAAGAGAUGAAAUUAUUAUUUUUGAAAAAAAUACGACAUAGUCAAUUGAAGGAAAACAUAUCACAACAACAAACAACAGGCAAUGGAUUCAACAGUGACGUUGAUGAAUACAAAUCAACAACAACAACAACAUGGCCUUGGUCAUGGAAAUCAACAGCAACAACAGAAUCAUCCUAAUCGACUUCAACAACAACAACAACAACAACAAUAUCCCUCACAUCAUAAUCUAACAAAUUCAUCAGCAUCGGCUGCUGCUGUAGCUGCAGCCACAUUAGCUAAUAAUCUUUCAUCGAUUGGUGGUUUGAAUUUGGCCUGCUUACAACGAGAAUUUGCUCAACAUUUAUUGGCCCAACAUCAGAAUCAUUCAUCAACAACAUCAUCAUAUUCUGCUGCUGGUUUGAAUUCUGUAUUAAAUUUUUCAAUGCCAACCAGCGGUAGUGGGAGUCAUGGUCAUCAUAAAAAUAUGGCCAAUUUAAUCAAUAAUAAUGUUGCACAUUCAAAUCAUCAUUUAUCAUCAACUAAUACUGGUAUACAUCAUACACCAGCACAUGCCGGAAGUAAUACAAAAAAUUAUCAUUCGUCUAAUUCGGCUGUUGCUGCAGCUGCAGCAGCUGCUGCUGCCGCUUUGAAUUUCUCCACCAAUCAUCAUCAACAAAUGCAACCGAUGCAAGCACAUAUGACGAAAUCAUCAAGCGGUAAUUCUUCUGGUAGUAGUCAUCAUGGCCUGUCAUCAUCAGCGAAAACACCAUCACCAGCACAUCUAAAUCAUCCCACUUAUCAUCAUGGUAUAACUGCCGGACGUUCCCCAUAUAAUUAUAAUCCACUUGCUGCACCACCACCUCCACCACCACCCAGUUUGACCAAACAUCGUAGUAACAGCGGCAGCAGCAGCAGUGGUAUUGGUCAUCCGGAUUCUCCACAUACCAAUUUAAAUGCUGCUCAUGCAUCAUCAAUGAAAUCAACCACUUCGUCAUCAUCUUCGAAUAAUCGUGCCAUUUCAUCUCCAAACAUGGCCUACCCAGAUUUACGACAUUCAUCAUCGUCAAAACAUAAUCAGAUUAUACCGCCUAAUGUACCAUCUCCGGUAAGCAAUCAUCAAGUAGUUGAUGGCAAUAGUGGCAAUGUUGUAUUGACAAAGGAACAAAUUUUAUUGCAAAAACAAUUGGCUACAUUAAAACAAGUCAUGCGUAAACAUGUUGAAAAACCCCCGCAACCUAAAAUGAUUCCAUCUGAAAUGCAUUUUAUACCGAACCCAUCGAAUCCUGAAUUUAUCUAUUAUGUUGGUCUUGAAACUGUUGUCAAUUAUUUGACCGGUUCGAAUCAAAUGCCACAACCACCGGAACCAUUUGAAUGUGUGCAAUGUGGUACAGAUUUUACACCCGUUUGGAAAUGGAAAGAUCGUUCAAAUCCAGCCAAACCAUCUGUUAUUUGUGAACGUUGUGUAUCGAAAAAUAUGAAAAAAAUAAUUAGUGAUGAUUAUCAGAAAGAAGUAUCAUCAUAUGCAAAAACAUUUGAAGAAAUUGAAAAACAUUUGACCACAGCAACGGUUGCUGCUGCAUCAAUACCUACACCACCUCCACCUACUCUGCAACCCCAACCACCACCAUCACCAGCGACUGUAACAUCUCAUCGAACUAUGUCACCGGCAUCGAUUCCGGGAAAUUCAAAUGUACCAAAUCAACCACAACAAUCAUCCUCUUCAUCAUCAAGGCAAUCCUCAUCGAAUCAUUUGGUUUCAGCGGCAAACAGUUUAUUUGGUGGAUCUUCUGCUGCAUCGAAUAAUCCUGCAGUGAUGGCUGCAGCAGCGGCUGCUAAUUUCAAUCUACAACAGGCUCAUUCGCAAAAUUCGCCAUUAUCAUCAUUAUCACCAUCACAAAUGGCUGCGAUGGCAGCAUUAUUGAUGCCACAGGCAAAUCCACAGCUGCCACCUCAACAACAAUCAACUCCUCCAGUCGCACAUAGUAGUUCGACCCGGUCAUCCACAGCUUCCUCAAGCGGAAAUUUUGGCCCUUCGAGUUUAUUUGGUGGUGCAGCCACGAAUUCAGCUGCAGCAGCUUUGACUUUGCUACAACAGCUUCAAUCGUUUCCAAAGAUUAAUCAGGCUCAAUCUUUAUUGUUGGCACAGCAAUUAUUGGCCGCAUCAACACCGCUGCCACCAUCACCACAGCCACCUGCUUCAUCUGCUAGCUCAUCUGCCGCAGGAAAUCCAAAUGCAUCGGCAAUGGCCCAAUUAUUGAGUUUCCCGAAUUUUCUUUAUUCAAGCCUGUUGGCUGCAUCUUUGACCAAUAAUCAACAACAACAACCGCAGCAUAAAUCAUCAUCAUCAUCGUCAUCAUCAUCCGGUUCGACGGCAAUGGCUUUGAAUGCAGCUGCAGCUGCUGCAGCAGCAAGUAUACCUCGACAAUUAUUAAUGGAAAUGCUACCUGGUGCAAGCGGUGGUAGUGGUGGACAUCAUUCAGGUCGAAGUUCAAGUGGUCAUUCGCAGCAUAAUUAUAAAAUGUAACUAAAGGCUAUCAUCUAUUUCUUCAAUUCCUUUGUUGUUUUUUUUCAUAAUCAUCAUCAACAUGAAUGAAUGAUACAUACAUGAAGAACAGAUAGGAAAAAAAUGCCUUUCAUGAUAUUCAUCAAUCUGAUUUUAAAUUUUUUUUUUUUUUGGAAUAAAAUUUUCUCCAUCCCUUUCAAACAAAUCAUAUGAUUUUAUCAAAAAAACACAAUAUAUAGGUCUAUAUAUAUAAAUAUAAAUAAUAAUAGGUUAUCACAAAUUACUCCUUCUUUCCUUGAUCCUCAUCAUUUCUUUAUUUCUUACAUUUUUGUAUUGAAUGAAUUCAUCAUCAUCAUUUAUAUGAUUUGAAAAUUGAUUUUUAAAAAUUCAAUUCCUUUUUUUUCAUUCAUAAUUUAAAUAUAUUUCAUCAUUUUAACAUGAAAACAACCACUGACACAUGUUUGCAAUUUGUCACUUACACAAAUACCAUGGUGGACUAUCCAAUUCUUUAUCAUCAUUAUCAUCAUCAACAUCAACAAGUUUUUAUUUGUAUUUUACAUUUUAUUUGAUAACCAUCCAUCCACCAACACACACCCACACACACACAAAUAAAUGAUAAAAUUUAGUGCAUUUGCUUUUAAACAUAUCCCCACACAUACGCACCACUUACAAACGCCCCCAUUUCAUUUAUUCGCUCCUAUUCACACCAUUACGCCUAAUUAUUCUAGUUUUAUAAUAAUGGUAACAGCAAACAAAACAAAACAAAAAAUGACAAAGAAUCGAU